AAACAGUUUGAAAUACUGAGGCUUUCAGGUUGGUAGCAGUUGGAGGAAAUGAGCAGAAAGCAAGAAAACCUUCCCCACAAAAGCCAAAGUACCAUUCAAUCUUUUGAAUGCAAUGGUUGAGUACCGUACUUGUUCAUGUUCAUACCCCUUGAAUCGUCACCGUUGCCAUUUUUUGCCGCUCAUUGCUGGAGCAGCGUCAACACUUGGCACCGCAUCCAGAAACCUCACGAUCGCGCCACGUGUCCGAAUCUGAAAUCCCUUUCUCCUCACUGAGUCCGAGACCCACGCACUGCACCGCACACUUAAACAAAAACACACGCCCCCGCGGGACGACAGCUAAUCAAAUCCUUCCACGGCUAAUCGGCGAUUCUCCCUCUCCGGUCACCGGCGGCUAGGGUUCCGUCCAAGCGUCUAAGCUCAAACGCCGCUGUCACGGAAUCCGCCAGCUCAGAGCCUCGUCCUCCAUUAAUGAAUUUUCAUUUUCAAAGCAUUUAAAGCUUCUUUUCGCUUUUGAUACCUUUACACGAUGUCGUUUAUACGACGCAGAAAGGCCCCUGCGAAUCCUGUGCGAAACGAUGAGGAGAAAGAGAAGGAUAAGAAAAAGGUUAUUAAGGCGAAGAUUAUCGAAGGCGAAAAGAUAACAAUAAAGAGAUGGUCGUGCGUGGAUAGCUGUUGUUGGUUCGUGGGACUCAUAUGUUCAAUUUGGUGGUUUUUGCUCUUUCUGUACAAUGCAAUGCCGGCGUCGUUCCCUCAGUACGUGGCGGAGGCCAUAACGGGGCCGUUGCCGGAUCCUCCCGGCGUGAAGCUGCGGAAGGAGGGCUUGACGGUGAAGCACCCGGUGGUUUUCGUGCCCGGAAUCGUCACCGGCGGGUUAGAACUCUGGGAGGGUCGCCAGUGUGCGGAUGGGCUGUUCAGGAAGAGGUUGUGGGGUGGCACCUUUGGGGAAUUGUACAAAAGACCAUUAUGCUGGGUUGAGCACAUGUCACUAGAUAAUGAAACAGGACUAGACCGUCCAGGCAUUAGAGUUAGGCCUGUGUCUGGACUUGUAGCAGCUGAUUAUUUUGCACCUGGUUAUUUUGUCUGGGCAGUUCUAAUUGCUAAUUUAGCUCGCAUUGGGUAUGAGGAGAAAAACAUGUAUAUGGCUGCUUAUGAUUGGAGAAUUUCAUUUCAAAAUACAGAGGUCAGGGAUCGAACUUUGAGCAGGAUGAAAAGUAAUAUAGAGCUCAUGGUGGCUACAAAUGGUGGUAAUAAGGUGGUUGUUAUUCCACAUUCAAUGGGUGUUUUGUACUUUUUGCAUUUUAUGAAAUGGGUUGAGGCACCAGCACCAAUGGGUGGAGGGGGUGGGUCAGAUUGGUGUGCCAAACAUAUUAAAGCAGUGAUGAACAUUGGGGGACCUUUUCUUGGUGUUCCAAAAUCUGUCGCAGGACUUUUCUCUAUAGAAGCCAGGGAUAUUGCUGUUGCCAGGACUUUCGCACCAGGUUUUUUGGAUAAGGAUGUUUUUGGUCUUCAAACUUUACAGCAUCUAAUGCGAAUGACCCGAACGUGGGAUUCAACAAUGUCAAUGAUACCAAAAGGUGGGGAUACUAUAUGGGGUGGCCUUGAUUGGUCAGCUGAUGUAUCCUAUAACUGCAGUGCGAAGAAGCACAAGAACAAUGAUACUUACAGUGCAUUUCAAAAUGGCAAAGAGAAUCUUGGGUUUAUGAAAAAUAUAAAUUAUGGGAGACUCAUAUCGUUUGGGAAAGAUAUAGCUGAGUUACACUCCUCCAAGCUUGAGAGGUUGGAUUUUAGGGGUGCUCUUAAGGGUAGGAACCUUGCAAACACAUCUAACUGUGAUGUGUGGACAGAGUACCAUGACAUGGGUGUUGAAGGAAUCAAAGCUGUUACAGAUUACAAAGCUUACACAGCCGAUUCAAUUUUGGAUCUGCUUCAUUUUGUCGCCCCCAAGAUGAUGAAGCGUGGGGAUGCUCAUUUUUCUUAUGGGAUUGCUGGUAAUUUGGAUGAUCAGAAAUACAAACAUUACAAAUAUUGGUCUAACCCCUUGGAAACAAGAUUACCAAAUGCUCCAGAUAUGGAGAUUUACUCUAUGUAUGGGGUUGGGAUCCCUACUGAAAGAGCUUAUGUCUACAAGUUAACUCCUCAAUCUGAAUGCCACAUUCCAUUUCAGAUUGACACCUCAGCAGAUGGUGGGAAUGAGUACACAUGUCUAAGGGAUGGAGUUUACAGUUCUGAUGGUGAUGAAACUGUUCCUGUUUUAAGUGCUGGUUUCAUGUGUGCAAAAGGUUGGCGAGGAAAAACCCGCUUUAAUCCUUCAGGAAUCCGGACAUUCAUAAGGGAGUAUGAUCAUGCCCCUCCAGCUAAUCUUCUAGAAGGUAGGGGAACCCAGAGUGGCGCUCAUGUUGAUAUAUUGGGUAACUUUGCCUUACUUGAAGAUAUUAUACGAGUAGCUGCUGGAGCCUCUGGUGAGGACUUGGGUGGAGAUAGAGUGCACUCUGAUAUUUUCAAAUGGUCUGAAAAGAUCAAUUUGAAGCUCUAGAUUCACAUGGUAACUGUACUUGACUAUCUGCUUCAACUGCUGUGCUUUAAGAUGGAGCUGAAGGUAUGAGAUCUGUAGCUGAUAGACCAGUCGCAGUGAGAGCUUGCUUGUUACUCUGAUUUUAUCUAUAGAAUUUCAUCGUUUUGGGAAAGUGUUGAAUCUGUUUACGACCCCAUCCCCAAGAAAAAAAUUAUACCAAGCUCUUAGUUUAGGUGCAUGAUUCAUGCUUGACGAGAAUUUUGUUGAUUCUAUUCAUUGAUUUGAUUAUUGUCCAGUGUAUUAGUGUUAGUCUGCUCCCGUUUUCACUCUACUAAUUUUUUAUGCGCUGCACGGACUACAUUGUCUUGUCGGUCAAAAGUUUUGAACAGAUUACGAGCCCAAGCCUCAAGUAUAGGAAUAACAGUGGCGUAGUGGUAUUUGUUGUUAUUAUUAUUAUAUCCUAACACUUGAGUUAGUUAUAUUGUUUGUUAGAUUACGUUGUACCUUCCAAUUUCCAUUAUGAUGGGUUUAUAAAUGCAUGGCUCAUAGAUUUACUGUAAA